CACAUGAUUCUACUGCUGCUCCUAUUCAUAUUGGGCUCCGUGAGCCCGGACGAGCUAAUUUCGACUCGAUGUCAGGCUCAAUGCCUUCACUUGAUGGAUCAGAGGCUACAAAACAACAUGGAACUCCGCAAGACUCUCAAACAUCACAUCAUCCAACUUUGCAAAGAGGACGCUACCUGCUCAGCGUGCUCUGCCCCAUGCCGUGAACAAUUCGACGAUAUCAAAGCCUGCAAAAAGUCCUGCGUAGCCUCGGAUGAUCGGGAGACUUGUGAGGAUUCUUGUCACUACCUACAGAGGAUCUACCAGGAGAAGCCAGGCGCCUGCCCAUCAGUCAGCAAUCAAUCGAACUAUGAAUGCUCAGCCCUGUGCCAAAUGGACGGAGAAUGCCCGGAAACUCAGAAAUGCUGUUCAUCAGGCUGCUCCCGUCAGUGCCUAAAACCCCGAUCCUCUGACAUCAAGCUUCUCCCGAUCCCACGAAAUAUCAGUGUCCAGGAGAGAAAACGAAAGCGAAGCAUCAUCAUCCGAUGGGCCACUGGAAGACUCUCCAAGGCCCAGCAAAACGAGAAUGCUAACCUGUUCCUUGUUCAAUGGCGUUGGGGACUUCACGCCGACGAGUCAGCGAUGACUGAAUGGCAGACGGUGACAGUUCGCAACAAGCCGUACGCGAUCCUGAAGCACCUUCUCUCGCCUGGAAGGUUCUACGAGUUUAGGACGGCUGCAGUGUCUCAGGAGGGAAGCCUAGGGUUUAGUAGUCCGUCGAAGCCGUUUAAGAUCUCAAAGGAAGCUAAGGCACCACCACCGCCCAAGGAUCUUUCGCUGGGGGCUUCUAAGGUGGUGGCUAGUGGACUGUGGAAUCAGAUGGUGCAUUGGAACCCGCCACCAAGUGAUUUGCCGAUAAAGAACUAUCAGAUCUCCUGGGCUUCCUCCACCAAAUCGGAAGCCGACGCGUUCGAGGAGCAAAUGCGCAAAAAAUCCACCCUUGAAUUCGCGGCCCACGAAAAGCGAAGCCUCCAGUCCGACGAUGACGAGGAGUUCAUCGGGAUCCAGGAACGUGACCGGCAGUCUGUAGUAGUCCCAAGCCACGCGACAAGCUCGGAGAUUACGGGCCUGUUUCCGAAUUCUGUGUAUCUAGUGGAGAUCCAUGCGUCUGUGGAUUCUAGUGAUGGGGAGCUGCACGGCGAGAAGGGUGUGGUUUUUAUCAGGACUGCGGAUUCCUUGUCAGCUGUACCAGAGGACCGAGAGCCCUAUACUGGCCCAAAGGCCCGAAUUGCUCAUGGAAGUGAGGAGCUGAAGAUUGAAGCUUCUUUGAAGGAUCUUAAGACGUCAAGCCAUGCCCCCAACAGGCCCAACAGCCCCCAACCAGCCCACCUAGAAAUCCAGACCCCAUUCUUCGACACCGAACUUCAAACCCAGCUAAACUGGCUCAACGCAGCCCACUGCACCCCUGCCAAGCGUCAGUUCAGUGUGAAGGUCCGGAAGACCCUCUGCCGGGAGUACCAGCCGAACCAUCACUCGGACACCCGGUGGCAUGACCUCCGAGUCACAGACUGCUCGGCGCUCCUUAAAGGCCUAAGCUUUGACUGUGACUAUAAAGUCGAGGUGACUGACACCCUAACCGGAGACUUUGUAGUGGAUGGGGUGUUUUCUACGGAUACAUGCGAUCAGACGUCUUCCCUGACACCGAUUGACUGUUCCAGUGUGACUACGCCGAUUCAGUGCCAGGUGACAAGUGAAUCUAGUGCACACUGUCAUUGGACCCGCCAUCAUGAUGCUAUGCAGACGGUGAUUGGGUAUCGAAUUUUGUUGAGUUCCCCGAUCAAUCAUGAUACCAAUACUACGAUCAAUCAGCCACAGCUCAGGGAGGUUCGCUAUGAGAAUUUGGCGCCAGGAUAUGUGUAUACUGUUGAGGUUCAAAGUAUUACAAAUAAAGGAUUGGGACGUACGGUUAGCACUCAAUUUGUGACACAUCCGGAUUUGGAUUCAAAUGCGAUACAGAGAUUCCCCGGAGGAGAAAUUAUCGAGCUGCCACUGGAAUCUUCCGGAAAAUUAUCGAUUUUCUCGAUUUUCUCGUCGUUUUUCUUGGUUCUCUUAUUGAGGUUAUUAUAAUUGCUCGAUUUUAUGUGCUCUUUGUUAAUUUCCGGCAAAAUAUUUUUCUUAUUAUACAUUCGUGGCCCCACGAACGUGUAAUAAGCCGACUAGUAGUUUGAUAGACUCAUUUUUCAUGUGAUUUCGGGUUUUUUGAGCAAAACGGGUUUUAAUUUUACUUGUGUGAACUUUUUUUGUAAUUAUUGUAAGAUAAAUAAAUUUUUGAACAAA